AUGGCGGCAGUCGCCUGUCGCCUGCUUUUGUUUUCCAUUUGGAAGGUGUUGUGUUGUUUGGGGUUGGGGUUAGGAGGAGGUGGACCGCACACCACAUCAGCUGUCAAAAAAUCGCAUUUAGAGUGCUUACGUGAAAGCGGCCUACAGCGGCGGUGAUUGUUUUGGACUGGCAGCGGAGGCUGCUGGAGGGUUCUGUUCACGCCUUGAGCCCCCGAAGCUGUCCAAAAUGCCGGGAAUUAAAGAUGAGAGGGAAGACAGCGAUGGCGAGGAGAUGGAUCAUGAAUCUGACCAGUCGGACAAGUCUACAUCGUCCUGUGAUAGCAGCGAUGCAUCCGACUCAGAUGACAGCUCAGAAAUGGAUGAAGAGGAAUGUGAAAGGAGACGAGAUGAAUGCAUCGACAGUCUUGCAGACAUGGAAAGACAGUUCAAUGUUCUACGAGAACAGCUUUACCAAGAGCGAAUCACUCAAGUUGAUGCCAAAUUAGGGGAAGUUAAACUUGGUCGAGCCCAUGAAUACCUCCAACCCCUGGAACAGUUGGAAGAGAACUUAAAAAUCCGAAAUGAAGUGAAUGAUAUACUCCGAAAUUAUAGAAUGACAAAUGUUAGAAAUAAAUUUCAGGCCGAGGAAGCAGCCUCUUUGCAGAAUUACCAAAGUGAAAAAAUAUUGGUUUGGGAUGCAAUAAAGGAUGAUUUGGAAGAAAAGAUACGAAUGCUAGAAGAGGACAGAAACAAUAUUGAUUUUUCAGCAGAAAUGUGGGUCAAUGAACAAAGAAGAACAGGCUGGAGAAAUGGAUAUAAGUCAGGUCGAGGUGCAAAUAACAAUAACAAUGGGCGCAAUUCACUCGACUUGCCAGGGCGACGAAAACCUUUGACAGUCUCUGGUCCAUAUGUUGUUUAUAUGCUAAGUGAUGAAGAUAUUCUGGAAGAUUGGACAGCUAUCAAGAAAGCUCUCUCAGUUUGCAAACGUAAAUCAGAAUUGAGCAUUUGAGGGUUGCCUCCCUCCAGCCACUCUAGUGGCUGGACAGGGUUACAAGAUGUCUCCCGAUCUCCUCCACCUCCACCUCUACUCUCUGGUGAACAGGUUCAUGAAGCAGCUCAGAAACACGAUUCUGAAUCAUCUACCAGUUCUCAGCCAACACAAGCUCCAUGGCAAAGAGCCUAUCCUACUAAACAUUCGUCUCAUGAAGAUAGAUCCACUUGUGAUAUUCAGUGCCCAUCCAACAGUUCGACAUUCCAAAGCUCUCAGUCAACUUUUGGAUCAGGGCUGUUAAAUGAAAGAACUGUAAAUAUUCAUCGUCGUGUUCCAUGCUAUUCACCAGCAGCUCCUCACAAUUUGCCACGAACACCUGUAGUACAUCCUAAUGUUGCUUUACAAUCAUCAAGUUCAUCUGGUAAAUUAGAAUCUCAACACAAUAUCUUCAAGAGACCCACUUGCAGUCCAAGAGCAGGUGCCAGACUGUCUGCACAACGCAAAAUAACGUCGCCUCUGGGACAUAGGCUCCCCAAAAAAUAGUUAAGUUAUUUUUCUACCUCUAUGAAAAAGUCAUUCAUUUUUCAUUCAAAAGAUGCUCUUGUGUUGAACUAACUCAAGUAACUAAGAUGUCAUCUUUUCUAUGCAAAAGAAGUGUAAAUAGGGAGCUAUGUAUGAGUUAUGUACAUAUGUGUUAAUAAAUAUAAUAUGCAA